AUGAGUUCCUUCUUCUCCAAGAUCAAAUCGAACACUCAGACAGCCUCGACGCAAAAUGUAUCGCCGACCAAGAAAGAUCUCACUGCGCCUCAGCCGACACCGCUGGAGCGCAUGCUCCAGAAUGCCGGCCCUAUACGGAACGAUGGCAGCGACAAAUUUUGGGGAAUGGAAAACUUCGGCAAUACCUGCUACUGCAACUCAAUUCUACAAUGUCUAUACUACUCAGUCCCGUUCCGAGAACAGAUUCUCAGCUACCCACAACGAUCGCUGCCCGACGAUGUCUUCGCCGCCAUGAAAACAGCGCCACCUCGGCCACCAUUCAACCCAAACAAUGGACAGAAGAAGCCAGCCGCCCAGCCUACCGCACGCAACUCGUCCGGUCAACAGCAACAGCAGAAGCCUGAGGACAAGGAAUCGCCCGAGUACAAGAAAAAGCAGGCGCUGAUGACAGGACCUAUACUGAAUAUGGGCUACCAGAACGCUGGAGGCUAUGAGAUGCCGGAGUCGCUCUUCACAGCUACAAAGGAUAUCUUCGAGGCCGUGGUAACAAAUCAGGGCCGAUCUGGUGUGAUCAGUCCGACAAAAUUCCUGGAGACGCUACGGAAAGAGAACGAGAUGUUCAGAUCUGCUAUGCACCAGGACGCCCACGAGUUUCUCAACUUAUUGCUGAAUACAGUCAUAGAGAACGUGGAGGCGCACGACAAGAUAUUGAAGCAGAAAGCCGAGGCCGAAAACCCAUUUGCAGACGAUGCUGACAAAGAGGAAGAGAGCACCGAGCAUGGCACAGUGUCGUUCCCUUCAAUACUGCCGGCGCCCAGCUCAGAAUCACCUGCAAAGAUGUUCCACGAUCUAUUCGAGGGCAAGCUGACUUCGGAGACAAGGUGUCUGACCUGUGAAAACACAUCACAACGAGACGAGCCUUUCUUGGACCUAUCAGUCGACUUAGAACAGCAUUCAUCCGUCACAGCAUGCUUACGGCGCUUCUCCGAAGAAGAAAUGUUAUGCGAGCGCAACAAAUUCCACUGCGACAACUGCGGCGGUCUGCAAGAAGCCGAAAAGCGUAUGAAGAUAAAACGCCUACCCAAAAUCCUCGCCCUCCACCUCAAACGCUUUAAAUACACCGAAGACCUCCAACGAUUACAAAAACUAUUCCACAAAGUAGUGUACCCCUACCACCUCCGCCUCUUCAACACGACCGAUGAUGCCGAAGACCCUGACCGCCUCUACGAACUCUACGCUGUUGUCGUCCACAUCGGCGGCGGUCCUUACCACGGCCACUACGUCGCAAUCAUCAAAACCCAAGACCGCGGCUGGCUGCUCUUCGACGACGAAAUGGUCGAGCCUGUGGAUCGCAACUACGUCAAGAACUUUUUUGGCGACAAGCCCGGCCUGGCUUGCGCGUACGUGCUCUUCUACCAGGAAACGACCCUCGAACAGGUUCAGAAGGAGCAGCGUUCCCACGGCAAACGCCGCGCAUCCCAGUCCGGCGAAGCCGGCAUCGCCGUCAACAUGCGCGAGUCAGCCGAGCUGCACCGCGUCGUCAGCGACGCUACCUCACCUUCAGGGGACGCAUUCGCCAACCUAGACCACGCCGCCACGGCCCCCGCAUUAAUGAAAACAACAAAUGGCCACGUCGAUCCGCCGAAAUCACCCACCGCCACCACGACCCCAGUGUUCCCCAGACCAGUCAGCCCUGUAGUGCAGUCCAAAAAGGAGAAAGCAAAAGAAGAAAAGGCAGCAGAAAAGGCACGCAAAGCCGCCGAGAAAGCCGCCGAGAAGGAACGUGUCGAAGCCGAGAAAGAACGUCGCAAGCAGUUGUCGAUUAAGCUGCAGGAUGCACAUAAGAGGCAAGAGGCGGAUCUGAAGGCGGCGAUGGAGGCGAGUAAAGUCAGCGCGGCGGAGGAGGCGAGGAUGCGGGAUGUGGAUGGUGCGAUAGGCAGUCCGGGAGCUGGCGCAUCGCCGGCGAACGGCAACGGGGUUGCGUCAGGAUUGGACCGCUUCAGACGGAGCAAGAGUCUGAGGUUCGGCAGUCUGGGUGGCGGUUCAAAGAAGGAGAAGGAUAAAGUUGUGGCCAGCAUGCCUACGAGUACGAGCAUGGGCGGCGUGGGUGGCGGGCUGGCGAGGGCGGCGACUGAGGGGGAGAAGUUAGGCUCUGCCGCACCGCCACAAACGCCUGCAGCGAAUGGGAACGGGAAUGCACCAGCGGCGACAGACUCGUCCACUGCGCUUGUGGAUGGUGAAGAGCCAACAGGCGCACCGGCCAAGGAUGGCGGGAAAAAGGAGAAGCACAGUCGAUUCAGUAUACGGAAGAAGAGUUUUGGGAUGCUCUAG